CUUCUGGCGUCACUUUCCGCGCGACUUCCUGCGGAGAAGAACAUGGCGGCAGUCGGCGGUGUCCGCUGGAUGACCCGAGCGCUGGUCGCUGGUGCGAACGGUGGGGCAUGGAGAAGCCUGGGCACCUCGGCCACAGUGCGCGCCGCCUCGGCAAGUCAGGCCGUGGACGUGAGGGGGGAAGGCGCCUUUCCGGUGACUAUGUUGCCAGGAGACGGCGUGGGGCCUGAGCUAAUGCACGCUGUCAAGGAGGUGUUCAAGGCUGCCGCAGUCCCGGUGGAGUUCCAGGAGCACCACCUGAGUGAGGUGCAGAAUAUGGCAUCAGAGGAGAAGCUGGAGCAGGUGCUGAGUUCCAUGAAGGAGAACAAGGUGGCUAUCAUUGGGAAGAUCCACACCCCAAUGGAGUUCAAGGGGGAACUAGCUUCCUAUGACAUGCGGCUGAGGCGUAAGUUGGACUUGUUUGCCAAUGUGGUCCAUGUGAAGUCACUUCCUGGGUACAAGACUCGACACAACAAUCUAGACCUGGUGAUCAUUCGGGAGCAGACAGAAGGGGAAUACAGCUCUCUGGAACAUGAGAGUGCGAAGGGCGUGAUUGAGUGCUUGAAGAUUGUCACUCGAACCAAGUCUCAGCGGAUUGCAAAGUUCGCCUUUGACUAUGCCACCAAGAAGGGGCGGGGCAAGGUCACAGCUGUGCACAAGGCCAACAUCAUGAAACUUGGGGAUGGGUUGUUCCUGCAGUGCUGUGAGGAAGUUGCUGAACUGUACCCAAAAAUCAAGUUUGAGACAAUGAUCAUUGACAACUGCUGCAUGCAGCUGGUGCAGAAUCCUUACCAGUUUGAUGUGCUUGUGAUGCCCAAUCUCUAUGGGAACAUUAUUGACAACCUGGCUGCUGGCCUGGUUGGGGGAGCUGGUGUGGUCCCUGGUGAGAGCUACAGUGCAGAGUAUGCAGUCUUUGAGAUGGGCGCCCGGCACCCAUUUGCCCAGGCAGUGGGCAGGAAUAUAGCCAACCCCACAGCCAUGCUGCUGUCGGCUUCCAACAUGCUGCGGCAUCUCAAUCUUGAGUAUCACUCCAACCUGAUUGCUGAUGCGGUGAAGAAGGUGAUCAAAGUUGGCAAGGUGCGGACUCGAGACAUGGGCGGCUACAGCACCACAUCCGACUUCAUCAAGUCUGUCAUCGGCCACCUGCACCCCCAUGGGGUCUAGAGCCCUUUAUUUCCUCCAGUCUCACAAGGACCAUACUACCUACACAUCCCUCCAGUACAGUGGACCACAACAGACCUCCCCUCUAGACAGCGGACCAUAAAUCACCUUUCUGGGCAGAGCCUAGGUUGUCCUGGGGCUGGCUUCCUCCUAUUCCCUAAGGAACUGCCGGUGGUGGUGGGCUGUUAGGGGUGAGGCCCAGGCAGAGGGAUGAUGACAAUUCUCCCCCACAGGUUCGAACCUCUGACAUGGGUGGUUAUGCCACCUGCCAAGACUUCACUGAGGCUGUCAUUGCUGCCCUGCCCCACCCAUAGACCCCACCCAUACCUGUGUAAGGUGUUCAAUAAAAUGUGCGUCAACUUC